CUGGCAUUGGGCAGAACACCAGGACAGGAGACAGUGACGGGCAAGCCUGUGCUUGGCCUGCUGCUAUGUCACUGCUCCUGCUGGAUGAGACAGCUGGAGACCUGCCUGUCAGAGACAGCUGCCUGAAGCCCUCAGUGAUCACAGCUAUUCAAGAUGUGUCAGCCAUUGCUCGUCCCACGAAGGCCCAGGGGCUGAAGUCCCGGAUGAGAGAGUUGGUGGCGUGGACACGGCAGCAUGUGAGCCAGAUGAACAGGGCAGAGCUGGAGGAUGGGUUACUGCAUCUACAAGACGAGAACUUGGUGCUCAAGGAGUUUGCCUGCAAGCAGGAGGACAGGAUCAAGAGGCUGGGCACUAAGCUGCUGAAACUUACCCAUGAGCGGGCACAGGUUGAGAGACAUCUGGGCACCAAGGCCAGGUGGUCAGGCCGGGACCUGGAGGAGUCCUUGGAGGAACUGCAGGAGCGAGUGUGGGACCUGGAGCGGCGCAAUGAAGGGCUGCGGAGUCAUCUGCUAUCCUACAAGCAGCAGCUGCAGCUCUACGGUAGCAGGCACCACUGGCCCUAUGGCUACGUCCAACCUCGGGUGGACACUGGACUCCGGCAGGUCCACAGCGCCGGCAGGAGAGUGACUGAGAGACAUCCCAGAGGGACGCGGGUGCAUGGUCCAGAGGCCAGACCUACCCACACAGCUCCCCCAAGAUACACAGACCACAUCACAGAGGGAGUACGGGCCGAUAUGGAGAGACUAUGUGUUCUUCCCCGAACCAGCACCACGGAAGGGGUAGCAGCCCCUGAAUCCCAACUAGCCGCCAUCCGGGGGAACGUGGAGCUGAUCCGGCUGCAGCGGCUCCUGAGAGAGCGAAGCUGCCAGCUGGCCGUGACCAGGGGCCGAUUCACUGACCUGCAGGAGGCAUAUGAGAGCCAGCUCCAGCAGAACCAGGAGACGUUGCGAACCAGCAGUGAGGCCCUCCUGGCCCAGCUGGAGGCACUCACAGUGCAGCUGAAGGCGGAGACGCAGAAGGUGAUGACGUUGGAGAGCAAAGUGGAGAGAGUCUCAUUUCUGCAGGGGACGCUAGAGGAGUUUCAGGAGAGAAUCGUGUCCCUGGAGAAGGAGCGAGACCUGUUGAAGGAGGAUUAUGAUAAAUUGCUGGAGAGCAGUCUGGCCUGUGAGCAGCGGCAGGGAGACAUCUCACAGCUGGAGGAGCAGCUGAGCUUGGAGCUGGCAGAGAAGAGGGGGCUGAUGGAGGAGCUGGCGCAGGAGAGAGCUCGGAAUGAGGAGCUGAAGCAGGAAGUGGAGAGGGGGAAGCAAACUCCAGAGCAGAAGCCUGAUCCGACCCUGUCCCAGCCACCCUGCCUUGAUAGGCUCCCCACCGAGACUGAGCCGGAGGAGCUGUUCACCCAGCGGAACCUGAGCCGGAAACUCCUUGAGACAGAAGCUGCCCACGCUGACACCAUCUUGGAGCUGGAGAAAACCCGGGACAUGCUGAUUCUGCAGCACCGCAUCAACCGGGACUAUCAGGCCGAGCUGGAAGGUGUGAUGGUGCAGGCUGAACAGGAAAAGAGGGGACAUGAGGAAAAGCAACAGAAAAUGGUGCAGCUCCUGGAUCUGCGUAGCACCCGCAUCCGCCAGCUGGAGGGUAAGAGCAGAGCCAGAAUGGAUGGGGAGGGGGACUUGUACAGGCUGUGCCUUGGGGAUAGAGCGGGGAGAAGAUGGAGACAUUCUCACCCCUCACAGGCCCCAUCUCCUCCCCCAGAGCAGCUGAAGGAUGUGGCCUAUGGGACACGGCAGCUCCCACUCCUGCGGACUGAGGGUGAUGUGGAUGUGGAGGAGGGCAAAGCCCCUGUGCUGCGGCGUGGUGAGAACCUGUUUGAGCUGCACAUUGCAGGGGCAGUGCUGUCAGGGGAGGCACUGCAGCUGUUGGGGGAAGUCCAGCCCGUCACCUUCUGCACCUAUGCCUUCUACGACUUUGAGACGCACUGCACACCGGUGGUGCGAGGGGCCCGGCCCCGCUACAGCUUUACAUCUCAGUACGUGAUACAGGCUGAGCCCUUCUUCCUGCAGUACCUGCAGAGGGCUGCCGCCCGCUUAGACCUGCACCUGGCCACGGCUACUGACCACAGAACUCUGGCUUCCUGUUGGCUGCGCUUCCAGGAGGUUCUGGGGAGCGGGGAGCGCAUGCAUGCCACAGCGAUGCUACAUGGUCCAAGCGGUGAGAACUACGGGAUGCUGGAGUAUUGGAUGAGGCUGCGCCUGCCCAUGGAGCAGACUAUGCGGCUGCACUGCCAGCGCACCAAGGCCUUGGGUUACUUGUCAGCCUGCGUGCCUCAGGCCAGAGAUGCCCAGCAGAGUAGGCAGCAGGACAAGGAGGGGGUCCUGGAUGCUGAAUGGCUGUGGAACGAGCUGCAAGUGCAGAUUGUAGGCUGCACAGGCCUGCGGGGUUGCUGGCUCAGCACCCAGCCCAGCCCCUAUGCCAUGUACCGCUUCUUCACCUUUCCUGACCACGACACGCCCAUCAUCCCCUCCAGCAACAACCCGCACUUUGGAGACCUGCGGACCUUCCCCAUGCGCCCCACAGCUGAACUCGACCGCUAUCUGCGUCUAGAGAGCCUCUGGGUGUACAUCUUCGAUGACGAGGAUACAGAGCCAGGCAGUUACUUGGGCAAAGCACAGAUCCCCCUGCUGCCUCUGGCACACGGGCACAGUAUCACAGGAGAUUUUGUCCUCACCAACCCGGCUGGGCACCCCAAUGGCUCCAUCAGCCUCAGCCUGGAGUGGAAGCAUCGGUACCUGCCCCUAGGGGCCACCCUGCACCAAGCGGCCUGGGCAAGGGAACACCAGCGUGAGACCCCCUUGGAGCAGCUGAUUGAGGAGGAAAGAGCUGCACUACACAGCCGGGCCCGGCUUGCUCCCAGCAUCUUGCCAUCACAGCCUGAGGGCCAGAGGAAGAAGCUCCGUAUCUCGGCGGGCGAGGCUGAUGGAUGCAGGGGGAAGUGGGGAAGGCGGAAUGCAGGAGCCAGCAGUCAGACUCAGCCUAAUCCAGUGCCAGCAUCCAGUGGCUACAGCCCAGAGGAGGGAGAAGAGUUGGCUCCGGUGGGAGACACUGCUGAGGUGAGAGCUGGGGAGAAGGGAGCAGGAAGUGAGGGUGCAGCAACCCAAGUGCCCUGCUCACCGCACGCCCUGGGUAGUCAGUUAUUUUUUUAUCAGGGUCCAAAUUUCUUGGUCAAGGUACAGUUAAGAUCUGGACUCCAGAGAAACAGUUUUCACAUCACAACGAUAGGGACACUGGAGGGGAAGGAGGCCCAGGCUGGAAAGGAGGAAGCAGGACACUCAGCUAAGGACGCUGAAACCGCUGCCAGGACCCAGCGCUUGGAGCCCAAAUCACUUGCACUGGACGUAACAAGUACUCUGUCCCUGCCAGCCCCCGAGGAGGCCUGUGAGCCAGCGCUGGAGAGCAACAGCGAUGCACAGACCACAGACAGUGACGAGAUUGUGGUGGGGACCAGCCUGCGGAGUCCUCCAAAGGACAUGGAACGGAUCCGCAUUGAGAUCGUCUCGCUGAGCCUGCACCCUGAGGCUGAGGCCAUGGCAAGCGAGCACAUCCAGCAGCUGUACGUGGCGUACCAUUUCCCAGGAGUGCCCCUGAGUGAGACGGAGACCCCCCUGUCUCUGCGCAAGCCCCAGGGCGGCGAGGAGAUCUACUUCCACUUCAGCAAGGUGAUUCAGCUGGACACAGAGGUGGUGAGCAGCCAGCGGGAAAUCCUCUUCUCCAUGCUGCAGGCAGAGCAGAGCUGGUUGCAGUUCAUGGUGGUAAGCGAGCCCCGGCCUGGGACAGGAGGCGAGUGUGAGGACGUGGGCUUUGCCCACAUUGACCUGCGUGAGAUCUUGCUGACAGGCAAUGAUGUGCUGGAGUGUGACCUCGACGUUGUCAGCCCUCAGGACCACUCUGCCAUUGGGAGGCUGAAGGUCUCUGUGGAAGCAGCUGCUGCCCUCUGCGCCAUCUACUGGGAGGGGAGACGAAAGGCUGAGGAGGAGGAAUGAAGGACCCGUCAGCUCUCACAAGGCGUGCAAGGACUUGGCACAGUAAGGUUCAAAUGGGGACCUCAAAGCAGUCAGCCCAUGACUCAGAUUGCGAGCUCCUUGGGGCAGCGCCUGGCCUGUCCCUGCUCUGUCUAUGCAGAGCUUAGCACAAGGGGUCCUGGGCCAUGCCUGAGCCUCAAAGUGCUGCCGUAAUACAAACAACAAGAGGUGAGCAGUGUCCCGUGCCCCCGACUGAACAGACUCAGCACCUGGAAAAGGUGAACUUACAAAAAAACAUUUUAUUGUUUCAAUUCUCCAAAGUCGAAAAUCCAAGAGCUACCAGCUAUGAAAAAAAUUAGAGCCCUCCCCUGCCCCAUCACCUCCCAGAGGCUUUCCUCACCAGCAAGCAGCAGGGAGAGGUGAUGGGGGCCCAGGGGAGAUGACACAAUAAAACCCCCCAAACAAAAGCAUCUCUCCCGCCAGAGGCUUGACUUGGCAACUGAGGAAACGAGAUAAAUACGGGACAGAGCCAGGCGAGUAAAAAAACAAGAAGCUGGAUCCUCUGAGGGCUAGACCACUCCCCCCAUGCACCCCGCUCCUGGCAGGGCUGGCCCACUCCCAACCCCUCCAGUAGGGAUAGGAUGGACCUGUAGGCGCCAACCCAGCCUUGGUUACCGGCACCCUGAGCAUGAAGUCCGAGACUCUCAGAGAUCCUCUGCGCUGGCUGCGUGUCUCCCCAGAGCUGCUGGGAAGGGGGAUGAUUCCAUUGCCAGAUACUCCCUGGGGGAAGAAAGCACCAGCCUGCACCAUGGCCAUGCCUAUACCUCACAGGGGAAUGUGGGGGUGACUAGGGAGGGAGUGAAGGCGGUGUGGGGAGCACAUCACUGACAUCAGCGUCCUUACUCCUCUUCAUUGGCAGUGCCCAUGUCCAUGGUUACAGGCAGGCAGGGCCUGGAAUUCUCACAGCUGAUUGGUCCGUACAAAUGGCCA